AAAAGGUAGCCUUCAUUAAAUGCUUUAGUAUGGCUUACAAUUAGCCUCCAAAACAUGUGGCACGAUCAUAACGAUCUGUGGUUAAACCAUUUUUUUUUAUUAUCAAAACAGAUUAAAAUCUGAAGAACUUGAGCACAGAUUCUAAUCCUAUUUUACCGUAAUAGCAUCAUGCCAGUAUGUUAUGACGUCAAUGGCAUUCUGGAGGAGAUGGGAAACGUUGAGAUCCACUGAUCCAUAGGCAGCUCUGGUCUAGCCGACCAAACCGACCGCACUCGCCAGCGGUGCUGGUGGGGAUUUCUCGUGCAACACGAAAAACUCGUUUGCGGGGUUUUGUUUGUGCACCCGCAAGACUAGUAUUCGGUAAAGCUUGCCGCGCUCAACACGUGAACCACUAGGUAAUGUGGCGCUGCGCGUAUAUCCCCGUUGUAGUCGGCUCGUCGCGUAGCUACUAAUGAAAACAAACCGUUUGCCAUCCGAUCAAAUAGUGUUUAUGGUGUUUCAAAUGCAAUCCUUCAAGCAACGACAGCUGCACUGAUAGCUAGAAAAUGAUAAAUAGUAUCAAAAAUGUGCUUUGUGAUGAGAAAUGGUAAAAUCGAAAAUCCAAAACGUGCUAAAAACUGCAGCAACCGAGAAAACUAUACAAUGAACGACGUAUCGACCGACAGCUACUGAAACGCAUAUACCUCUCUUUACACACACGUCGAGUUGCCAAUUAAUCGUGCACAUAGGAAAAGAUGCGGAUGCUUUUGACUUUAAUCCUACUACAUUUAGCAACAUGUUUAAGUAAAGCAACAACGCAAAAUAUAGUGCAAAGUAGUUCAAGUAUUAUAUCUGCAAAACUUCCAUCCAGAAGAAAUCACGGCAGGACUAUAGAGCGAUUGAUUGGUGGCCAUGUACUCUUCAAUCGUGAAGUAUAUAGAAAUUUAAGGAAUGUCAAUAUAAGGAAAACGAAUAGCAACAAUACAAAUCUAGAUCCUUUUAGCCGCGAUAAAAAUAUAAAUUUAACAGAAAAUAAUGAUAUUGAUGACGGAUUACUGCUUACGGCUAGUGCAGGAAAUGGCAAUAGUGGGAAAGAAGGGUCCAAUAGUACUAAAAAGGAAGAAAGUAAAAAGACAUUAUCAGAUCAGGUAGCUGAAGGUAAAUACGGGCUCAUUCAUAAAGAACUUUUUUCCACAACGCCUAAACGGCCGGGAGUUUUGAGUUAUAAGUCAAACUCAGAAGUACCGAAGGACGAUGCCAGAAACUAUGGGGGAUUGAAAGAUGAAGAAAUUUGGCUAGCGGAAGACCACUUGCUAGUUCUCAAGGGUGGAUCUGUCAACAAAAACAAUAAUAAACCGAAAUGGAAGCCAAUUGAUGACUACGACGCUCCUACUCGACAGGUUAAACUUCCCUUAAACCCAAAAGUUCCGCCUCCCUUUCCUGUCCAGCUCACCGACGAUGGCCCGAUACAGUUUAUCGGAAAUAAUAAACUUCCGGUAUACAAUCCGUUCACAAAUCAGACAGUUUUUCUCUUCUCUAAUGAGAGAGUCCCAGACAUUAAAGCCGACGAUCUCAAUAAAAAGAAUCCCCCUCCCUGGAAUGGAAAGGACGGCCCUCCUUCGCAGUUUAACGGAUACCAAUACCCACCACCAGCUCCCCUCCCACUCGGCAAACCAAACCAGACGUUCUCGAAUCCGUUCCUAAAUUUACCACCUUUACCACCAUUCCCACUUCCGCCACCAUCCGGUUCAUUCGAUGAGCAAAACAGCACCGACAUAGACGAAGACGAUCCAUCAUUGUAUUACCCACCUCCAUACAGUUUUGAAUACAAGAGCAACUACACUAACCCAGUAUCCCCAGGACCGCUUGUUCCAGGUAUCAUCUUACCACCGCCUCCUAACUUCUUCGCUCCGCUUGACGAAGACCAAAAACCUGUCAAGACACCAUUAGAUGUAUUGAAUAAAAUAAAUGACAUUAAACUAAGAGAACGUCUGAAGAACACAACUUCAUCACCACUAGCGACAACUACUAUCAGAAAUGAGCCGACAACUACAACAGCGAAGCCUGUAAAAGUUAAACCAAUCCGGAUAGAAACUCCUAACUAUAAAAUCGAAAUCGAAAAAGUAAACGUGAAGAAGUUCCCUGAAAACAACGAAACAACUAUCCUUAGAACUGUUCGGCCGCCCAGCAAAGUUUCGCAUACAACUACAACUAUUGCAUCGCCAACGAAGAAACGGAACAAAGCCAAACCACCGUCAGCAACAAGAACUCAACUUCACAAAGUCAAUGCCCCAAUAUCUCCUCCACUUAUCUCACUUAGUCCCGACAAUAUCAAAGGUAAUCCUAUUUACUUUGAAUACUUUGACGCCCGUACUCCUACGUUGCAGCCAUUUGAAGAUUUUUCGAUUACAACUCCCCUACCAUACUUAACUACAUUGACGGACAUUAAUUAUGAUAGCCACUACCAGACUACAACCGCCGGUCCGUUGCUCAACCAACCUGCUGUAAAGCAGAAACGGCCACCCUCGAAAACAUAUCUUCCUACUAAGAACAAAGAUUUGACCUACGAUACACCUGAUGUAGAGGCUUACCGUUAUAAGACUAUGCAAGAAUUUAACAGGGAAAUCGAAACGAUACGACAAACCCUUAGGCUUUAUGAACAUUCCGUUCCUAUAAUCAACAACUUGAGAACUCCUAAAGCAAGGCCCAUUUACGAUUUCUCUUUCGAUUUGAGGGCACCCUUAUCUUCCCCGGUCCAAUCGUAUCCAUUCAGCCAUCAACAUGUUCCCAGUCAACCAUUGAAAAGUGAUUUUAGACCCACCGCAUUACCAUUUAAUCAAAAUUUUUAUGCUCAGCAUACCGCAAAUAUUCAGCCGAUUCCGAGUAGACCUCUGCAAUCCUAUGACAAACCGGAUCUUCAACACAAUAAUUACAACUAUAGGGAUCAUUCGGUUAAUGUAGACAUAACUAGUGCAAACCCUCACUCCGGUUACUCGUCGUUCACUACGGCAAGACCAGUCUAUUACGAUCAGCCCAAUUGGUACAGUAUUGAAAAGGUCAGGGUUCACGAAAUACCGAAGCCUUUAAUCUAUAACAAUGGAGCGAGUGGAUACAAUCCUAAACUAUACCUUCCCAGUAAGUUCACCUAUCAGACCAAUGCCCCCAGUAAAACAGUCCUUAAUCAAUCAUCAAAUCAGCAGUACGACAACAAUGGUACACGACAGCCUUCUUCCAGUUCGCGACAGAAAGGCAAGUAUUCCUCUCGUAACCAGCAGCAAAGAAAUGAAGGAUAUUUAGAUAAAGAUAUAUUGAUUAAUUAUAAACAUCCGCUACCAGCUGUCAACCCCGACAGCGAGCUAUUGCCAUAUAACGGUAGGAACACAAAGCCAAUUAUACAAUAUCAUUUACCCGGUGAUAAAGCCCACGUUUAUUUCAUUACACCACAAGAACUGAAAUAUCCGUAACGUAUGGCUUUAUUUCGGUAGGAAUUGGAAUGCUGUGCAAUGAGUAGAGAAAACGAAAAAAAAAACGCAAUAUACAAAAUGUCAUCAAAACACUUGCUGAUUGUGAUAACUAGAACAUUGAUAUAGUAAGGCAUCUAUUGAACUGCAAAAAAGAUAUUUAUUUCACGAGAUAAAUAAAUUAUUUACCGCUUGUUUGCUCAUGAUCAUACAUUUUGGUUUUCAAAGGUAUUGCCUCAAUUCGCUAAAAUAAAUUAGUUACAUUCUAUAAACAACUCUUUUACUUCCAUAUAUAUCCGAAAAUACUUUUUUUGUUCCACAAUGUUUUUUUCCUAAUGGAAAAGGCUAACUGCCCGUUAGAUAUUGAAGACCAAAAAAAAAUAUAUAAAAAAACGAAGGUCAAAAAUACCAAAUGAACAAAUAUAGCGUCCGCUUGCAAAAAUGACGGUUUUUGUACCCAUAAGGAAAGGAAUUGUAGGUUCCUCUCCGUCAAAGCUUUAUCAGAAAUAGACCUAAUUUUGUGUGGUGGUCUACAGGAUUAUGGGGCCAUAUGGGACAAGAUAGCCUUCCAUGUUUUUGCAGCAUAAAAAAUAUCGGAGUGGGUGAUGAUUAUAAACAAUGAAACAUGUUUUUGAUAUGCGAAAAAGUUACAAUAAGUUUGAAAAUAUACUACAAAUUACUGUUUGUGCUUGAAAACAUAAUUUUCUUAUAAUAAUCGGCCAUCUAAUUUAAUAUUAUAAAAUUAUCAAAAUAUUAUUGUUUAUAUACCAAGUUUGGUUUAUAUAAAAUAUUUUCAAUUCAUAUUUCAUAUAAAAAUGCAUAGGUAACGUAAUCAUUUGGGGCAAGAUGGCAUCCCGUGAUGAGAGAUAAGUGCCCCGCACAAUGAAUGCAUACGUUUGCGUAUGCGUGACAGAAGUUUGCCACAUUUCCCAUGGAAAAACUGUCAAAAAACGCAAACCUCGACGGAACGGACAGUAUGUGCUCCAGGCUUUAGCUCGCCACUUUAAUCUAAACCAGCGUUUCUCAAACUAUGGGUCGCGACCCACUGGUGGGUCGCGGGCUGAUUUUUGGUGGGUCGCGAAGGCUUGGACAACAUUGUAAUAAAUGAUACUGCUAGAUAUUUCCUAAUUUACAAAUAUUCCCUGAAGAAUCGGCAGAGUUAUUUCUAGAAAUUCUGUUUCUUUAUAAUUUCAUUCAAAAUUUUGCAUUAUAAGUCUUAGCUUGGAGUAUAUUGAAUAUUGCAACUACUGUCUGCGUUCUGAAAUGGAUACUGAAAUUAUGAGUUUUGAUUCUGGAGGUUUAAGAUUAGGGUGAAAUUUAGGAUUUUCCUUGCGUUUCCGAAAAAUGAGUUAAAGUUGCUGCUUACAGUUUGUAUUUUCAGUUAGAUUAGCACACCAGAUUUAGCAGUUAAGUUAUAAAAAAAUUGAAAUACCAAAAAUCACAAAACUUCGAUAAGAAACUUUACCUAAACCGAACUUCAGUUAAGCUAAACUUCGGUAAAAUUCAUCUGAAUGUCGAUCGUCUGAACUUUUACAGAACACAGUACAACUGAGAAGAGAUUUCAAUAAAAAUAUAAAUGAAAUAAGUGUGUAUGAAGGCUAUGACCAAAAUUUUCGAGAAGAUUCAUCUGACUAUGCAGCAGUACUAUAAUUCUAAAACCUCUACUUCAUGUUCACCCACUCGUUGAACUUAUUUUGACCAUUUUAACCCAAUCUUUUAUUUUAAAGUAAAUUUAGAAGUUCUGCAGAAGCAUACAUUUGCCACUAUUUUUCAAAACCUUCGUUGAAAAUGUAUAUAUAUUUUUUUAAUUUCUAGAAUUUGUGAGAGAAAGCGAUGAAAUGUAUUUAAUUAAAACGUCAGUC